AGAGAGAGAGAGAGAGACCAGGGAGGGAGGCAGGGCUGCUGGGCAGUGUCUCUCUCUCUCUCUCUCUCUGCUUUUGCUGGAGAGAAGAAGAAGAAGAAGAAGAGCCCCUUGUUUCCCUGCAGCAGGAGGCAGGGGGCUGUGGGGGCCUUUGGCGCUGUUGGGGCGCCCAGGGUGAUGCUGAUGCUGGAGGAGGAGGAGGAGGAGGAGGCAGGCUAAGCGGCUGGAGCAGCGGAGGGCUCCCCGGUCUCCCCCGGCGGUGGCCCUGGGCCCGAGAUGAGCAGCGGAGCAGGGAUCGCCGGAGGAGAGGUGGUCUGCGCCGGGUGGCUUCGCAAAUCGCCUCCGGAGAAGAAGUUGCGGAGAUACGCAUGGAAGAAACGAUGGUUCAUCCUUCGCAGUGGCCGCAUGAGUGGAGACCCAGAUGUGCUGGAGUAUUAUAAGAAUGAUCAUUCCAAGAAGCCACUACGCGUCAUCAACCUCAACCUCUGUGAACAGGUGGAUGCUGGUUUAACCUUCAACAAGAAGGAAUUACAGGACAGUUAUGUCUUUGACAUUAAGACCAGUGAAAGGACCUUUUACCUCGUUGCCGAAACAGAGGAUGAAAUGAACAAGUGGGUUCGCAGCAUUUGCCAGAUCUGUGGUUUCAACCAGUCUGAAGAGAACAUAGAUUCUUUGAGAAACAUUCCUACCGUGAGUCAUGGUCCCCGGUCCUCCCCAGCAGAGCUCAGUGGCUCCACCCAGAGGCUGUUGCGAGAACGGACGUCGUCGGCACCUUCACACUCCAGCCAACCCACCCUCUUCACUUUUGAUUCACCUUCUAACCAUAUCCGGACCACGCUUUCCACAAGUGCCCCGCAAGACUAUCUCUUCCUACACCAGUGCAUGAGCAGGAAGUCAGAGAAUGCCAGGAGCGCUAGUUUUUCACAAGCCACAAGGUCUGCCUUCUUCAUGAGAAGCGACCCAUCUGUCCGGAAGGUCUCUCAGGGGAACGGACACUGCGUAAAUGGGAUGGGUGGUCAAGUCCAUGGCUUCUACAGCUUGCCCAAGCCAAGCCGGCACAACUCGGAGCUAGGGGACGGCGCCUACGACCUUCCGAGGAGUUUUGGAUGCUAUGCCCCCACUAAAGCAAGCCUCACAGGCUCCGAAACGGAUAGCGAAGAGGUCUACACUUUUAAGACCCCCAACAACACCCUCUGCAAAGGCUUUGGGGAGCUUUCGACAGACUCUUAUGAUGUCCCCGGCACCCCGGUUUAUCAGAUCCCAAGGACAUUCACACUGGACAAGAACCACAAUGCCCUGGCGGUAGCGUCCAGUGAAACUCCUGCCACUCCUCCUCCAAGGCCUCCUAAACCAGGACAAGCAGAGUCCCGGUGGGGCAGCCCUCAACAGCGACUGCUGGACAGUGAAGGCCUGAGCAUGGGUCCAGUGGCUGCAACCAUUCCCAGAAGGAACACCUUACCUGCAGUGGAAAACGGCAGGCUACAUCGAGCUUCUUCCUGCGUGACCUAUGAAUACCCUCAGCAUAGCAGCAGCAAUGCAGCUCAGUCAGCAGAGUCUAUGAAUGUUGGGCUUCAUUCAUAUCUGCAAAACAAAGCUACAGUGGCUCGUUCUCAUAGUGCUGACUCGGAGGACAACUAUGUCCCCAUGAACCCGGGGUCCUCGAUCCUGCUGAGCAUGGAACGAUCAAACGACGACUCCCAGAACCUCUAUAUCCCCAUGAGCCCUGGGCCUCAUCACCUGGACAUGAUGGGGAUGUCCUCUUCGACCUUCCCGCUUCAUAAAGGCAGUAGCAGCUCCCAACCUCACAGGCGGAUGAGUGAAAUCCAGCCCCCACCUGUUAACCGAAACCUCAAACCAGAUCGCAAAGCAAAACCAACACCACUAGACUUGAGGAACAACACCGUCAUUGAUGAGCUUCCCUUUAAAUCGCCAGUCACAAAAUCCUGGUCCAGGCCUGGCCAGGCUUUCAACUCCAACUUUUCCCCGUACUGUCGCCCCAUCUCUACCCAGAGCAUCACCAGCACUGACUCAGGAGACAGUGAAGAAAAUUAUGUGGCCAUGCAAAACCCAAUCUCUGCAUCUCCCAUUCCCAGUGGCACAAACAGUCCAGCCACAAAAAAGAGCACAGGAAGUGUUGAUUACCUGGCUUUGGACUUCCAGCCAAGCUCCCCUGGUCCACAUAGAAAGCCUUCCACAUCAUCAGCUGCUUCAGAUGAGAAGGUUGAUUAUGUACAAGUGGACAAGGAGAAGACACAAGCCUUGCAAAGCACCAUGCUGGAGUGGACUGAUGUCAGGCAGUCUUCAGAGCCCACCAAGGCAGCCAAGCCAUAAAGAGGCUGAGGUACAGAGGAACAGAAGGAAGAGUCAGAGACCAAAUAGUCUACAGAGACUAGGCCUCCAGCUAUCUUCGAGGAUUGUUCUACAAGGCCCGGCAGUCUAGUUUGGAAAGCAAAUGUAAUGUCAGGGGAAGACAUGGCCAGUAUCAUCUGCCAGGGCUAAAAGUGCCAGAGGUCUUGCUGUUAAAGAUUUUCUGUUGGAGAAGUGAGCUGGGAAAUUCAAUGUAGCAAUACUGGGGUUCUUGACACCCUGUGUCUUCAUGCUUUCAGUCAUCGCUGAACCUACCUUAUCAGCUGCCUGAAUCUGCUCUGCGCCAAACUGAUGCCAGUCUUCUCUUGGAAUCUUUAACCUCACAUCCUUGUUCUGUCUUCUGGCUGUUUACAUGGAAAAACAUGGCCAACUGUUGGCUCUGGUUAUUGUUUUCUGUAUUAAUUGCAGCUAUUCCUAUUUCUAAAGCACUUAAGAGCCUUGUGGGGAUCAGGGUUGAAGCAAAUUAUCAUUGCUCAUCGUCGUAUAUCAACCUCUCGGCUAUGUAUGUUGGCUUGAGCUGAAAUUUAAUUUUCUCUCCACCUGCCCCAUUUCUUCAAGAUUCUCCUUUGCAAAAUUUUAAUGAUGAAUCCUCUGGGGUAUUUUCUAAAUACUUGCGUAUUGGUGAAUAUUCAAGGAAUAUUUGGUAUCUGUAUCUGAUAACCUAUGAUGUUUGAGUUCAAGGUUUGAUGUUUGACAGUAUUUGAUAGCUGGUGUGCAGUUGUAUUUAGUUGUUGACAGAGUGUGGUGUCUGAGAGAUUAGAAGAUACAUAGUUAAGUACAUAAUGCCCCCGUCAGAUUGGGCUCAAAUCUGAUAUUCUGUUUCAGUCAGUUGCCACUCCAGUGUUUGAUGGCUGCUAAAUAAAUCUUAGAGUUCUACAAGGCUGAA